AUGGAAAGCAUCAACAUCUCUGUCAUAGGUGCCAAUGGUGUGGGCAAGUCCCAUUUCAUACAGAGGGCGAUGUCACUUUCUCGUCCGCCCGGCCCUAAUCCUACGACAGCUCGUAUCAAUAUCGACAACGUACCUUACGCUGUUACACUGUUUGAGUUGGAUCUCGAAUACUUUGACGUGGACCCCGAUCGACAGAUCAAGUGGCCUAAGCAAGCAGGCGGUGCUAUCAUCCCUCGCGUGAAUGGAGUCUUGCUUUUAUACGAUGUGAUGAACAGAGAGAGCAUCAUAGAGUUGCCUCAGACCUUGAAUGCUCUUGUGAAUUCUUCACUACCCGCGGUCCUUGUUGCGACAAAGUGCGACAAUCCUGAGAAGUUACGCCACAUCGAUACGGAGGCGGUCGCUGCCGCAUGUCAAUCUUGCCUCGCAACUUUUAAAACGUCAGCCAAUAAGCCAGAGAGUGCGAGGAUAGCUUUGUCUACGUUGUUAAAAGCAUUGGUGGCAAGGAAUCAGGACGUCGACAGCGUGGACGGGAUAAGUAAUUCAAGACGAAGGGCUGCUUCGGCUGCUCACCUUGAUUUUCAAAUAGAACCUACAAAUACGCGACCGAUAAGCCAACAUAGCAAGCAUAGCCGCGCUAGCUCGGAUAUGUCGUUACUUCGAGGUAUAUCGAACCAACCGGGAACGGAUUACCGCCACUCCUCGAGACAACCUCGUCAUGAUCUUGCUGGAAACCAAUUUUCAGAAGCUGCAGACGAAGAUUCUGCUCAAAUUAUCUCUAGUAUGCCCCGCACCCCUGGUAUUAGGCUGGAUCAUACCCAGACCACCUCAUUUCCUGAUAUUGACGACUCAGAUGCGGACUCUAUGCGAUACGACGAUAUACCCCUGCUGCAACGGACCGAUGAAUCGGUAUUCGAACGACCGGCGAGGAAAAUAGGCGUUACCUUCGAAGAACUAAUCGACCGUCUCAUCGCUCCUAAAAUGUCUAGAGCAGACAAUAAUUUCUUGGAGAUCUUCUUGUGCUUGUACCGCAAGUUCGCCUCUCCGGGACAGCUCUUUUCAUCCCUUUCGUCACGACUGGACCGCAUUAAGGACGACAAGUCCGUCCAUUACCUUACCAAGAUAUCCUCCCAGUUUCGAAUUAUCGAAGUGAUCGCCAAAUGGGUCGCAACCUACCCCGGGGAUUUCGCGCGGCCGGCGACAAGAAGAAACAUAGAAGACUUCAUAAGACACUUAGCCACGGAACCGGCAUUCUUUGCGGCCUCACAACAGAUGCGCCAGACAAUGGAAUACGGCAUAAUCGAGGCUGAUGACACAGGCUGGGAGAAGGCUGAUAGCCUCGAGGAUGUGCAACUAGACGAUCGCGAGCUGAGUACAAGAGAUACCAAUAGGAGGUAUGCUGAACUGUCAGAAAGUAUGAGCUCUCUUGGUGUGGACGAUCCGAUCGAACGACGGCCCUCGGCUAGUUCGUCAUUCCAAAUGGAUACUGGACCGCCAUCUGGGCCUGCUGGGAAGAUACACUCAUUCCAGUCUCAUUCAUACGAGGACUACGAACGAGAGGCGGCGACGAUGGUGCCCACAUAUACAUUACCGCUAACUAAAUUUCGGUACCAUAUAUUCAUGGACACGCAGAACGACGAUAUCGCCGAUGAGAUGACAAGGAUUGAUUGGGUUAUGUUCUCUUCGAUCCGGAUACGCGACUUGAUCCGCCAUGUCAGCUUGUCCGCAGAGCAGAAGGAGAAGUGCAGAGCUAUGAAGAACGUCAACCGUAUGAUUGCUCACUUCAACCAUAUCGCGACUUGGGUAUCCAAUAUGAUCCUCAUGAGAGAAAAGGCCAAGCAUCGUGCCCAGAUGCUGGAGAAGUUCAUGAAUAUCGCGUUGAAACUGAGGCAGCUAAACAACUACAACGGACUCGCGGCAGUACUGGCUGGUAUCAAUGGGACGGCUAUUCAUCGCCUGUCGCAGACCCGAGCGCUCGUACCAACGGACGUGCAAAAACGGUUUGCGCGGUUAGUGCUCUUAAUGGGGACGCAGAAGAGCCACUUCGCCUACCGACUAGCAUGGGAAAAUUCACCAUUACCGCGUAUCCCCUUCAUUCCUUUGCAUCGUAGGGAUCUUGUAUCGGCGGAAGAGGGCAGCAUGACAAUGGUGGGGCCCCAAGGCGAUCGAAUAAACUGGAAGAAAUUUGAAGUUCUAGGGGAAAUCCUCUUGCCAAUCAUGAAGAGUCAGGGUACUCCAUAUCCGAACCUAUCCAAGCAUGAUACGGCAAGGGAACUUAUCUUAGAUUGUUUGAUGCCUACGGACGAAGAGGACAUUUACCAACGAAGCGUCCAGGUAGAGUCGCCGAGUGGCGUCUCUUCGGAUGCCGGGAAGAAGAAAUUCCCAUGGUUUGCGAAUUCAAAGUGA